CGCAAACUGUAUGGGUAAUGAUGAAUGUCCAUUGACAUUAGAUGAUGCUGGCGGCGUUUUAGGACAUGCAUACUUUCCUGACUCUAGCGGCACCUGUAGAGAAAUCCAUUUAGAUAUAAAUGAACGCUGGUAUUUUGGAAAUGAUCCUAAUAUACCCAAAAAUCAAACUAGUUUUCUUAUGGUGUUGGUUCAUGAAAUUGGACAUGCCCUCGGCAUAGCACAUAGUGCUUCUCCGAAUGCUAUUAUGUUUGCCUUCUAUCAGCAUGAGAUUCGUGGUCUAGAUGUUGAUGAUAUAAAUGCAGUACAAUAUCUAUAUGGAAGAAAAAACAAAUAUGAUUCAAUCCCAAAGUCUACCACCGCAUCAGCAAUACCAAAAACAACAACAACUAUAAGAUCUACAACUCAACCUGCAUUACCACGUCUGAAGGUAAGGCUUCCUCCUUGGUUUAAUACAGUGAGAUCGUUCCUUGACACCACUUCACUCAGGAGAGUACCUCUUCUAUCUAACCUAGUAUCUCCCCAUUCCGGGGAUUUACUGUUGAAGUCGCCAGCUAUCAGGACAGGACUCCUAGAAUCAUUCAAGCUCUCUUCCAGAGCACAAAUCUCCGAGUUGAAUUCUAAAAAAGAAUCAUUUGGAGAAAAGUAG